CGGCCGGUCGUCGGCAGUCCGGCUCGAUCCGUGCGCCCGUCGACUUCGCAUCGUUCGCGUGCCGUGGGGUUCAUAAUUGUCGGGCGAAUAAAAAAAUAAUAUUUCGAACGCGCCCGGUUCGACGAUCCGCCGAAAGACCGCCGCAAAUCCUAUUUCGUACGAUCGAAUACAUAGGUACACGCGAUUUCGGUUACAACGUGUAUCAUAAUAUUAUCAUCUCGAUGCCACUAAUUUUCUUGUCGCCUCAGAUUCCAACUGAAAUUUCAUUUUUACCGUAUGCCAGCAAAGAUUAAACGCGUGUUCUCGUCCGAUCCAACUGACUAUAUGUGGGGGCGUGUUUUAGACGUUUCGUGAAUAUUAAUUUGUUUAUUUUGAUAACAUUACCGUUGGUGUAGAACGUUAUACGUUUUAAAGAGAAAUAGAAACAAUAUUUGUAUCGACGAGUGUAAAUAUAAUAGCGGUUUUGUUGCCGAUUGAGCGAUUGAAGUGUGCAGAUAAUUGAAUCACAAUGGUCGUGUUACCGGUGUUUGGGCUACUCAUAACUGUUGCAGUCCAGAGGAUAUACGGCCAAUGUGAAUUUCCUGCUCAAUGGUCCGGUCGAUGGUUUCAGUCUGGCGUGAACCACCACAUCAAUAUAAAUACGACCACCAUCACGACCAAAGGAGAUUGCGUGCAAAACGUCAGCGACAAGUUUCUAAUCGAAGACAGGGAAGAAGACUGCAGAAGGUGUUUGGUGAUCACGGAAAAACACCAGAACGUGAUACAGUACAAAGAAAACGCAAUAUGCGAAAAACGUAGCCUCGACGAGUUGUGCGGAGAGAUUACCAGUGACGCUCCUCUCUACUCGAUGUUUAGGGUAGAUGCCACUCCAAUCCCGUGCCCGUUUGAUGGCCUACAAGCGCCGUUUCAUUUCUCGUAUAGCCGCGGCGGUUACACCGAAUGCAAGUCGCCGCUUUCAAAAGCCGAUUCGUGUACGUCAGACUCGAGGUUGAUGCUCAAGUUUCAAGCUUGCCCGGACGUCCAUAACACUGAAAGCACAGUAGAGGAACUGUUAUGUUUGGCUACGUGGAAAGACGGAUCGACGAAGUACAUGAUCGGUAAGCUGGAACACACGCCUACGUCAUCAGAUGAAGAAAAGUAUCGAUGCUUUGUAGUGGGCAAAUCGAUGGGUGGUACGUUCGAUAUGGCCCAGUCAGGUGAUGCAACGUGUAAUGGUAUGUCGUCGCCCACUGACGGGUCAAGAACCAUGAAAUUCAUCAGAGCUGAGAACCACCACCACCACGGCGUUGGUUCGGGUUGCCGAUACCCGUCAUGGUUAACCGAACACCACACCUGGCACUCGUUGAACCACGGUCACGUUUACCAUUUCUCACCGAGAAACGGCACAUUGCGGAAGAGCAUCCCGGGGGCAGGACCUGACCACGACAUCCGCGCCGCGUGUUUCAAAGUAAUCAACGUUACCGAUAACAAGGCGCUGAUCAUCACGCACUACACUAUUGGGUGCCAAAGCGGAUAUGCGUGUAUGGGGUUUUAUCGCCGUGACAGCCAAGUUGUUGAGGUCCAAGAGAGUGAAAACCCGAUGGAGAAUGCAGACGACGCUUGUCGGCCAGACAACUUCCACUCGCAGCAGUUGACGUACAGCACGUUAGUUCCUCCUUCGCCCAGAGGUCGCGAGUGCCCGUUCCUCGGCCGUUACGAGAUCAGCGGCGGACUGAACGCCGAAGACGUGGGCAAAGCGCUGGCCGCCAGCCGGCCCGGAAGCGAAAACAACCAAGACAAACCAUCGAUCCCGUGCAACCCACCCGGCAAACAGUACCUGACCAUCGGAUGCAAUGCACCGGACACCAUGGAAUUCCAGUCCGAGUGUGGUACCAAGACCGUAGCCGCGUACACGUGCUAUGGACACUGGAAGAACGAAAUUACCGGCGUCAACUACGUGAUAUCCACGCCACAGGGACGAUCGGCUACGAAUUCCAGACGAUACUGUUUCAUCAUGUCGCAAGUGAACGGAAUGGCUCAGCAAAUGUUGCACAUCGCUUCUGUGAUGGAAUCGUGCCAUCCACACCCACUGGGUCGGCUUCACUGGGCGUUUAAUAUAACGCACCAAGGCCUGUGCAGCUCAGAGUCUAGCAGCGCUAUCGUAACCGGCCUACCAGUCUUAGUCUUAUUUGCAGCCCUGCUAGCCGCCAUAAUCAACCGCCGGUGAUCAUCGUCGUCGUCAGCAGUCGCGUCGGCCGGCCGGCCGCUAGACAUUUAGAGGAGGCUUGCGCCAAAAUUUAAAAGAAAACUAAGACCACGUCGCUAAAAAAAAAAAAAUAAAAUAUAUUAAUAAUCGGGCGGUCCCCCCAUGUAUACAUAUUAUUAUUAUUAUUAUUAUUAUUAUUAUUAUAUAGGUGUUAGGGAUCGCUUUUAUUUAUUUAAUUAUUUACAUUUUUUUUAUAAUUAUUAUUGAACCGACUUUAUUGUGAUCGUAUUUUUAACUAUUAUUAUUGAUAUCAUUAUUUUGAUGUUACCCCCAAAGCCAUUCUUCUAUUUCUCCCUCUUUCUUUGUGUUUUUUUUUUUUUUAUUUCAUUAUUAAUCUCUAUCUCUAUUAUGUUAUGUUAUUAUUAUUAUUAUUAUUAUUAUUAUUAUUAUUAUCAUACUUGUAAAUUUGUUUUUUAAUCGAUGGUGCAGAGUCGUUUGCGUUAGUUUCGAUGUUUAUAUAUAUUAAUACCGUAUGCGAAUCCGCGUACGUUUGCUAGGAAUAAUUAUAAUAUUAUUAUAUAUACCAUGAUGGUUAUAUUAAUAAUUAUUUUUUAUUUUUUAACAAUUGUAAAUAUCGGAAAUUGUAAAAUUUUUAUUAUUAUUAUUAUUAUUAUUAUCGAAUUGUAAUACGAGAACAAAUCCGUGUCCGUGUAAUUCGACUCACAUAUACCACACACGCCUGCUUACCAAAUUAUCUUUUUUAUUAUACUAUAUUAAGAUUUUAAUUUUAGCGCUGAAUGUGUACAAAAUCGAUUCUAUGUAUUCGUGCAGGUCCUAUAUGUUUGUUUAUUUUUUCUUUAGACAUAAUUAUUCUUACCUUUUUAACGAAAUAUUAUUGUAUACGUAUACAUAUAAUACGAGAAGAAGAUGCUUUAUAUAUACAUACACAAUAUAUAUAUAUAUAUAUAUUGUACGUGUUCCAUGUGAUAAAAUGUGGUAAGGACAUAUCAUAAUUGUCCUGAUUCACUUUUCUUCGUCACCCGCAGCUGAUAAGUUUUUAUUUUUAUUUUACCGAGCGAGUCGCACGCUGCGUGCUUUGAUCGUCUGGAACGAUAUUGGACCGAUACAGUGAUUAACUUAUUUUAUCGUUUGUUAACAUUUUAUUAUUAUUUUUUGUAUUUGGGAACAUUCGACUCGCUCCGUAUGAUAAUUAUUUUUGAAUGUUCGUUAUUAUUGCCUAUAUUUAAAGAAAAAAAUGUUAUAUAUAAAUAAUAAAAAAAAAAAAAUAAUAAUAAAAGUACACGACUAUCUUAAUGUGUAUAGCUUUAUUUUUUAUUAAAUAAAUUAUUGUUCAUUUUAUUAAUUUUAAAUAUUAUAAUGUUAGUAAAUAUAUUAUUAUUAUUAUCA